AUGCCUCGCGGACCUUACGACACCACCGGCGUUGUCAAGCCUGGUGCUCCCAAGCCCCCCAAGGGCAAGAAGUGCCCUCAGCUCGUUCCCGGCCACACUGUAAUACCAAGCCAGCAUGGGUGCUUCAGCGACAUGCGCACUGUUUUUGCAAUGAUGAUAUCGACUGCCGAUCGAAAUAAAAAGGGAUUCGUGGGAUGA